AUGGCCGUCGCCUCGACGCCGCUCGUCGCGGCACCAUCGUGCCCGGCCUGGGCGAAGCAUCGUCGCGGGCGCCAGCCGCAGUUCGACGGCAAGCCGUGCGAGCCUGCCGAGGAGGAGGACAUGUGGCUGUGCCUGGCCGACGGCCGCGCGCGCAGCACCGCCGACCUGAAGCGCCUGGCGACAGCCGCUCGGGUGCGAGCGAAACGAGCAAGAGAUGCAGCCGCCGCGAACACGCGCGAUCGGCAGGCGCGCGACCAGCGCCGCCGGCAGCGUGAGCAGCACGACCGGCGCGCAGCGCCGGCGGUCGCCAAGACCGUGCGCCCACAACGCGGCCAGUGCGGCUGCCCGGCGCACGCGGUGUGCGGCAUGUGCGUCGACCAGGGCAAGCUCGCCGCGGCCGAGCAGGCGGCCAUCGACCUGGAGACGCGCUUCCACGCCUCGACGAACGUCGUCAUGGACCUGGAGCGGCCCGAGGACGAGACGGCGGCGCUGCUGCAGCGCUGCGCGGGCUACGCCGACGGGGAGGGCGUCUGGGAUGCCGCGCGCGCGGCGUACUUUGCGGGCGAGCUUGCCAAGCGAAGCGCAAAGGACGGACGCAAACGGCGCCGUGGCGCCGGCGCCGCGAGCGCAAGAAAGAAGCAGGCCGCACCCACAGCCCGGUCGCCCGCCGACGCGAGUGACGGAGAGGGUGACGAGCAGAUGCGCGACGCAUCAGACGCGCAGGAUGACGGUGCAAGCAUGUCCGAGGGUGAGUAA